UUGUUGUUUUUAUCUUAUUCAAACUAUAGCGAUGCGUCACCCGCGAAGUAAUCCGCCACCUAGCUGGAGGGAUGAUAUUGCAUCGCCAGGUACAGCCACAUUCUCGAGAGACUUUGCCCUGUGGCGGUGAGACUCGUGUGCCCAAUAGCCAGGCAGCUCGCAACAGCCUCACGUCUCGCCUCAAGGAAGUAUCACGAUUACACACUAAAGUAUAUCUCAAGACGUGUCUCGGACCUCUGCCUUUUGUCUUUGCUCGAGGUCUUUCAUCCGCGUUACUUGGGCAUGGUGCCGCCAUUCAAGUCAUUCAAGUGUGUAUAUCCUUAACAUGCAUGCAUCUUGAGCGAAGUUUUGGAAGUGCUAUAUCUGAUAUUGUCAACAAAAUACUGAGCAUCUGCCAAAUUUCUAGGCGGCUUGCGGUCUGGAAAACGAGCGAUCAUCUGCUAUGCCACAUUUCACCAACACGCCAGAAUCGAUACUUCCUCGAUCAGACUCGCGGAAUCCCGCCUCAACAUGCCGGGGUAUUACUGUCAACGGCAAACCAUGUCGCCGUUCCCUGGCAGUAUCGGCUCGAUCUGCUUCCUCUGGAGGAGUUGUUGCCAUGGUCAAGAGUGGGGGUACUAAACAGCCCGAUACAGCUGCAUUUUAUUGCUGGCAACACAAGAACCAAGCCCCCCAUUCCACCAGCAGUUUACCCAGAAAGCGACAGGCAGAUAUCGUUCCUAUAUCAGAAAGAACUAGCAUUGACGCUUUGGUAGAGCGAAUGGGUAUCCUCAAUGUCGGUGAAGAUCAACAAAAUCAACGAACGCACAUUCAGCCCUGUCCCAAACCACAGGAAAAUCGUUACGAAAAAGGCAACCGUCAUACUACGACCCCAGCCCGUCAGAAGGAGGCUUCUAUAUGUUGUUUUCGGGUCAUGGAUACAUCGGAGAGUCUGCCACCCUCGCGACAGGUUCCAGCAUCAAGGAAUAGUGGGCGAGAAAAACUGUCGACUGUUCCUCGUCCACCCAUGACCCCGCAACGACCUGUUUUCAUUAGAGGUACUGAUUCAGCAGGGUCAUAUAUAGUUCAACAGCGCCCUAUUCCAAGUUCUUCAGAAAGAUGGCCCAGUUCAUCUUCACAGCCAUCAUCCCGGCAUUCUUUAUCCCCUUAUCAAACCCCGACCAAGUCUGGAAAUAGUAGUACACCUACACGGCCGUCACUUCCAGGUACUCCCUUAUCGCCUUCACCACACCUUCAACCACUAUUCUCCCUGAUACCAUCUCACCUAAAUCCACAAACAGCGGCACUACUGCUAACGGAGCUCGCAAAACCCAUCUCGGAUGCCGAUGAAGAUGGCUACAUUUACAUUUUUUGGGUCACCCCACAGAGCUCCAAUGCUGUAGGGCAGCGACAAUCACGAGAUAUCGCAUCUAAUCUUUUGCCUCCUCCAGAUCGAAGGAUGCAUGGCCGAAGAACGAGUGAUGCGCUGCGUGCGGCACAAAGCGUUAAUCCACGCUGGAGGGGAAGUAACUCGCAGCCGGGUACCAUUCGUCUUAAAAUCGGCCGCACAAGCAAUGUACACCGUCGCUUAAAUGAAUGGUCCAAGCAAUGCUCUCAUGAUUUGACACUCAUUCGCUAUUACCCGCACGCUGUUUCUUCAUCAUCUCCUUCUCCAGCUGGAACUCCCGGCAGCAGCCACUCCGCAGAGCACGGUCGACGCGUUCCUCAUGUUCAUCGGAUAGAAAGGUUGAUUCAUAUCGAGCUAGCAGACCAGCGAGUGCGAGGCCAAGGCCGUUGCACUGAAUGUGGUAAAGAGCACAGAGAAUGGUUUGAAUUCGAGGCCACCAAGGACGCCUUGGGGCUAGUUGAUGAGUGUGUUCGACGAUGGGUUUCUUGGGGCCACCAGCACUAGAUUUACGAUUAGCAUUAAUGAUUAGCAUGGCGCGGCGCGAAUUUCUGGCAGGCGAAGUGGUUUGUGCUUCGAAUAUUGAGGUUAUUUUUGGAUGCAUCCUGCAUGUCUAUUGUUAAUUACAUUUAUGAGCCAGCCAAUAAUUCAAUGCAGAGUUUGAUAGAAAAUUCAACAAUUCCAGAUCGAGAUUUCGGAGUUUGUCUGAAU